AUGCUGUUAUCAGUCGUCAAGGAGAAACACUGGUCUUUGUACAAAAUGGGUAUUGAUAUGACAUCAGCCUUCGAUACCAUUAAGAGAUCAGUCCUACUUGAUAUACUGCGAGAGGCUGGAUUGAACGAAUCAAAAACUGAGUUCACACAGUUCUACAUUGCUGGUAAAAACGAACGUGACGAGAAAGGUGAACUCCUCAAAAACAGAGAACCUUGGAGAUCUUCAAUAUCACUAGGCUCCAAACUCUGCGACAAAGAAGACAUUCAGAGAAGGUGCACCCUAAGAAAUGUUGCUCUUCAGGACUACAAGAAAGUAUGGGAACAAGAGCAGUCAUCCUACAAAAAGAGACUGAAAAACAGCAAUGGUGGACCAACCCAGUCAACACUCGAAUCCAUUAUUGACUUUGUUGCUGAAAACACAGAUCUCGGCGAGAAACUGGUUCUAGGAGACUUCAAUGCAAGAACAGGGGACCUCAACUUUAACUUUGAUGAUGAACCUCCAGCUGACAUCGAGGCUUUCUCAACAAUCGCAAGCUUUCCAGAAAAAUCAACAAGAUCAAGCAAAGACCCUGUGAUAAACCCAAGGGGAAAACUUUUUCUGGACUUCAUAUCCAGUCUGAACCUUAGCAUUCUUAAUGGUGAUACACUAGGAGACAUCUUUGGGGAACCCACCUCAAUUAAUUACAAUGGACACAGCGUUGUAGACUACGUAACAGCAUCCCCCAUGCUAAGGGAAUCGGUGCAAAAGAAUAAACAGCAGUUCCUAGAUAUCCAAAAAGAACCCCAGUUUGCAAGCAGAAUCGCGGAACUGGUUGAAGCUGUUUGCGUAAAAAAGGAGGAUGUCAUUAAGCUCAAUAAAAACAUCGUCGGCAUUUAUCGUGAUAUGGCUGAUCAGGCCCUACCAAGACCUAGAAAACAUAAACAAAAACCCCUCAAUAGGAAAACUCGGGGAUACAAAAGGGCAAAACCGAAGUCUCCAUGGUUUGAUAUUGCCUGCAUCAUCGAAAAACGUGAACUAAAUCGAUUAGCUAAAACAUACGGUAAAAGUCCUCUUGACAAAGAACUGAGAGACAGCUACUACAACAAACGCCGCGAAUAUCGAAAGCUCGUGAGACAGAAGAAGGCCAAGUUCGUGGAAUCUCUUUGUCGUGAUGUUGACGAGGGGUGCGACAUAAACUGGAGUCGCUUUAAGAAACUUAAAAGCUUCUCCUCAAAUGGCUCAAAGCUGGACGUUUUCGAUAUGAUGAACUUCUGUAAAUUCUUCAAAGAGCUGUACUCAAAACCUUCCAUCCCGAAUGAAGAAACUGCUGACUUCACGGAACGCAGAAAGACUGAACUUCGUGUUCAUGAACUCGUGGAAGUUCUGGACAAAGAUAUCGAAAUAGAGGAACUUCGGACCGCCAUCAAAGGCCUUAAGAAAGGGAAAGCCAUCGCCGAAGAUAAAAUCCUGAAUGAGUUCCUCAUUUCGUCAGAUGAACCAAUGCUGUCAGCUGUUCUUAACCUGUUCAACCACUGUUUGAAACUCGGGGAGUAUCCAUGGACGACCUCUCUAGUUACCCCCUUGCACAAAAAGGGGAGUGUAUACGAUCCGAACAACUACCGGGCGAUAGCCGUGGCGAGCAAUGUUGGGAAGCUGUUUUCAACUAUCUUAUUACAGCGCCUACUCACAUUCCGGUCACUGAACUGUCCAGACACCAUAAACCAGCUAGGGUUCUGUAAAAAAGCACAGACGAGUGACCACAUACUAACACUCUCAACUUGCAUCCAAAAGUAUGGAACGCAACGGAAAAAGAGGCUAUAUGGAUGCUUCGUCGACUACGCGAAGGCGUUCGACUCUGUGUGCCGAGAUGCCAUGUUCUAUAAACUCUGGGAGCUAGGAGUAAGAGGUCGAUACUUUCAAUGUAUCGAGCAGAUGUAUUCACAUUCCUCAGCAAAAAUCAAACUGUUGAACAGAUUGUCAGAGACAAUCGACAUUCACUGUGGGACUGAGCAAGGUCACCCGAUGUCUCCUGAGCUGUUCAAGUGUUUCAUCCACCAACUCUCCCUAGAUCUGGAUAACGCUGAGGAAGUCAACGUCCCUGAACUGAAUAAUGUUAAUAUCACUCAUCUCCUCUGGGCUGAUGAUCUUAUACUUCUUGCCCUUGAUCAUACUGGACUACAGAAACUUUUAAACGUUUUACACAGUUACUGUAUCGAAUGGGGACUAACCGUUAACAUCGGAAAAACGGCAGUGACGGUGUUCAACCGUUCCGGGAGGCUCCUUAAAGAGAGUCUGACAUUCCAACUCGGCGAAACCAACAUCACAUCAGUUCGAGAAUAUUGCUACCUCGGGAUAACCUUUACCCUCAACGGUUCUUCAGCAGUAGCACAGAACAAACUGAAGCAAAAAGGUCUCAGAAGCUACUUCGCGCUAAAAAGCAGUAUUGACUUAAGACACUUCAGGCGAACAAUCGUAUUCAAGCUAUUCGACGCGCUUGUGGUACCGAUUGUGACAUACGGAUGUCAGGUGUGGCUCCCAGAGACUCUCUUUGUCAGAAACUAUCAAGAUAAUAUCAACACCAAAUCUCUCCUGAAGGAGACUGCAAGAGAUCCUCUCGAAAAGCUUCAUCUCUCAUUCCUCAAGUGGACCUUAGGAGUGGGCAGAAAAACCUCAAAUGCGAGUGUAUGGGGUGAUACAGGCCGCUGCCCCCUAGUGAUAAAGGCAUCAAAGCAAGUAUUUGGGUAUUUCAACCGACUUGAGCAAAUGGACAGAGCUGGUUGCACAAGCCUAGCCAGACAGGCGUUCAUAGAACAACGCACACUCAAUCUGCCAUGGUACAAAGGUAUAGAAGAUCUCCGACAAAGCCUUCAGUCAGUAUCAUCUCGCAGGUUGACCUACCCCAACCAAUUCAAAACAGCACUACGUAGUACUUUUAUUAACUGUUGGAACGAGGAGCGGCAAAACAACCGGAAGCUCAGUUUCUACAACACUAUCAAAAGUGAAUUUACAGCUGAAGCAUACCUGAACCUGCAGCUCAGUGGAGAAUAG